AUGUUUUUGAGAAACGUCGCUAAACAAUCCAUCAGGUCCAUGUCUAACCUAACACCAGUCUUCACGAAACUGUCGCCUCCACCAGCGGCCUCGUACUCGCAAGCCAUGAAGGUCAACAACUUGAUCUUCGUGUCGGGCCAAAUUCCAUACACCGCCGAAAACAAGCCAGUCGAAGGCUCUAUCAGCGACAAGGCUGAGCAGGUUAUUCAAAACGUUAGUAACAUCUUGCAGGAGGCCAAUUCUGGUUUACACAACAUCGUCAAGGUCAACAUUUUUUUGGCUGAUAUCAAUGAUUUUGCCGAGUUCAACAAGGUCUACGCCAAGUAUUUCAACGAGCACAAGCCUGCUAGGUCGUGUGUGGCCGUCAAGUCGUUGCCGUUGAACGUGGAUUUGGAAAUGGAGGUCAUCGCUACUGAAAAGCAAGAGUAA